AUGCACACUGAAUGCGGGCAUCACCCAAUCACCGCCCCAUCACCAUCACACCACGCACCGUUGAAUGCCUAUACGGCCUUGCGCCGUACUACCGAUAGAAACCCUAGCUUGUCAACCUGGUGGUCCGAGAGCGGCUGCGAGCAGAUGCUGCAAGCUCGAGCGAUAUUCGGCUUCCUGUCACCCACUACAAGGGCAAAGGCCUCCCGCGACAAUAGUAGAACUCUACAUCCAGAAGAAGUGGCGGGCUCUUCAUUGUCCCAAGGAUUCAAGACCCCGACGCCUCUUCGGGAUGGCGUUGUAACCUUGACCACCUGUGCCGCAGAGCCUCGUCACUCGUCUAAGAAGGAAGAUGCCACCAGUUGUAACCCUGUGGACGCUGGAUGUGAAGGGAGUCGAGCUGCCGACGCCAGAGUGCCAAGUCAAGCAGGUUCUUUUGCGUGGGCUGAAACUCGAUGUCAUUCAAGCCGUCUACUGAUGCAGGCCCUCGCCAUCCACGUCAUGAAGGAAAGGCCACCAUCGCGAAGAGAAUGGGGCCAGUCAGGGGGACGGGCUCGCAGAAGGCCCGUUUUGAGAGGGAAAGAGGAGUCCAGCUGGGGCUUUGACGAUGUCCAUAAUGCCAAGUUUUGGACUUAG